GAAUAGAGAGCAACUCAGGGCCUGACACUUGCAAUUUCAGUCAGGGAGCAAACAUAUGGCAGACGACAGGCAGUCCGAGGUCAGCAUUGAUGUGGGCAGCACCGCAGAUAGCCAGGGACCAGGGAAUGAUUUAAGUGAAGGCAGAAAUGAUGAGUUUGGCAUGGGUAAUGGCAGCACCAGGCAAUUUUCCAUCAAUGGAUCGUCUAGACCGAGUAGCCAUGGAUCCGGCACCAAAGACGAUUUUUUGCUCUUGUGGAGACUGCGUAAAUAUCUGGUACUGCUUGGAGUCCUAGCUGUUGGCGUGACAUACAAUGCUGGAUUAACACCACCAGGGGGUUUCUGGACACUAAACAAGGACGGCCAUCAUGCUGGUGACCCUAUCCUGCGCGACGGCUACUCUAAACGAUACAAUGCAUUCUUUUACUGCAAUGCAACAGCUUUCGCUGCAUCUCUUGUCUUGAUCAUCUUGCUUCUCAGUAAGAGUGUGACAAAGAAGGUGAUAUGGCUCCGCUCAAUGCAAUUGACCAUGAUAAUUGAUCUAUUCAGCCUGCUGGGGGCCUAUGCUGCUGGAAGCUGCAGGGCAGUCAAGUCAUCCAUUUACAUCUGGAUUCUAGUCUUUGCAGUUUUCUUAUAUAUUGGGAUUCAUAUCCUUGUGCCCACAAAAGUUAUUCCAGAAGCAUUGACAGUGAAGCUACUGACAGCCCUAGAUAGAAUUCUAACCAAAUUGGGUGUCCCUGACAGGCAAGUGAUCAGCCAGAGAGACGUCGAGGAGGCUCGCAAGUUCAUUUUGAUGCUUGUGACUUUUGCCGCUACUAUCACAUACCAAGCAGGAUUGAACCCACCGGGUGGCGUUUGGGCUGAAAAUGAGCAUGGUUCUAGCAUACAUUUGGCAGUUCCUUCUUACAAGCAUCACCCAGCUACUUCUGUUCUCCGAAGUAACUAUCUUCGCCGUUACAAUAUAUUUAUCAGUUUCAAUUCGACCUCCUUCGUGGCAUCUUUGGUCAUAGUCAUAUUGCUUCUGAGCCCGGAAUUGAGUGGACAUGGAAUAAGGACCAAGGCAGUGAUUGUGUGUGUGGUAGCUGACCUAGUGUGCCUGAUCGUUGCGUAUGCUGCCGGAUGCUGCAGAGAUGUAGCUACAUCAUUCUAUGUGGUGUUUAUUAUCGUCAUAGUUUUGGCAUCCUUUACAAUUUUAGCUGCAACCUUUGUGUACGGACCUGUAGCAAAUUUGCUAAAAAAGGUCAAAUCAAACUGCCUCUGGUGCAUGGAUGUACUGGGCAGGGAACUCUCGUUGAACAACAGAUCGAGCAAUGCAGAGCAGGGGGGUCCUCUUGCUAGCAGAGAAGAUGCAGCAACAGAAGCUAAUACCCCUGAAUCACAAGACCAUCCUGCAGACAAUCAGCAAGUCCCAGAUAUCACAGAGGGCGAGAAUAGUGAGGAGCAUGCACCUGCAGACAAUCAACAAAUUUCUGAUAUUGAGGAGGCUAAGUCCAACUCCCAGCACUCAUCAAGGAACACCCAGCAAUCAGCAAGUGUCGAGGAUGUUGUGUUCAACCUGGAGUGUCAGUCUGGAGAUGACCCACUUUGUGCAAAUAUGAAGGAGGAGGAUGUGUCCAGCUCACAACAUCCAUCAGGGAACUGUCAACAUUCAGAGAAUACCGAGGAUGUUCUGCCUAACCUGGAGUAUGGGUCUACAAACUGCCAGCAAGUUGCAGAUGUGGAGGUGACUAGAUCUAGCAGAGAGCAAGAGUAUCCAUCACCUGAACCACAAGACCAGCCAGUGGACAACCAGCAUGUUGCAAAUAUGAGGCAGCAAUCUUCAACUGAUGAUCACAAUAUGUCUGUUCUUUCAGUUGAACAAACUAUGUCUCUCAGUCACAGUAGUAAUGGAGAGACUAGUCACCAUGACAAAGUGGAGGAAGGGCUUUCUGCUCCUAUGGAAGACAGUGGUAAUGUGGGCUCUGCUGAACUAGGCAUUCCAGUUGAAGACAAUAACCAUCAGACUGAGAUGGGUGAUAGUAAUCCCCAUCUUGCACAUUUUGAGAAUGGCCAUACUGACAGCAUUCAAGAAGAACCCACUCAAAAUGCUGAUGACCAAACUGAGAAGCAUCUGAAGAAGACCCGCACAUCUCUAUUGCUUCUGGCCAUUCUUGCAGUAUCUCUAGCGUACCAGUCAGGUCUGAAUCCACCAGGCGGUUUCUGGUCAAGAAGUGAAGAUCACCAUUCAGCUGCCGAUCGCAUACUCGAGGACAAUUACCAUCGCCGCUUUAUCACAUUCUUCUAUCUCAAUGCCGGCGCCUUUAUGGUAUCGAUUAUCAUAAUCAUGAUGCUGCUGAACAAGAUGAUGAGCAAGAUGGUUAUGAAACGGCGUGUGUUGCCAGGGAUGAUGAUAGUGGUCCUACUUUCCCUGACUGGAGCUUUUGCUACGGGGAGCUGCAGGGAGGCAAAAAAGCAAUAUUUCAUAUUAGUGUCGGUAUGCAUUGUCCUUGCUUAUGUUAUUCUUCAUGUCCUAAUAGCAAUACGCGUAAUACCUAGAGACUGGAGAAACCAUUUGUGGCCAGUGCCGAGUCAACCAGGUCACGAUAACGCUGGGGAUGAUACCAGGGAGAAGGAGUUGGAUCGAAGGCGCAGUCUGCUAUUGACCCUUGCUAUUUUAGCUGUGACUGUCACAUACCAAGCUGGCAUGAACCCUCCAGGAGGUGUAUGGUCUGAUGACAAGGAUGUUACUGGCAGACCAGGCAACCCGAUCCUUCAGGAUACCCAUCGGAAACGCUAUGAUGUGUUCUACUACUCAAAUUCAGUUUCAUUCGUCUCGUCAGUGGUUGUCACAAUAUUACUUGUUAAUAAGGAAUCCUGUGAGCAUGGAAUCAAGUCGUAUGUGCUGCGUGUUUGUUUGGUGGUGGGCUUGCUUGGCCUCCUCAUUGCCUAUGUUGCAGGAAGUUGCAGAAAUAUUAAACAGGCCAUUUAUCUGUUCGUCAUUGCUAUAGCGGUUCUGGUCUCCCUUUUUAUUCAGGUCCUACUCUCUUCGGCACUAGGAGAACCACUGGCCCAGUUUAUAUCAUUUCUGCAAAGCUUUCUAUCUCGAAGAGAUGUUGAACAAAAUAUGACUUCUUCCGGGAGUCCAGAAGCUUCAGACUGCGAGAAAAUAGUGAGAAAGAGACACAAGUACCUGAUGCUUCUUGCCAUCUUAGCAGCAUCGAUCGCAUACCAGGCUGGUAUGAACCCACCUGGUGGAUUGUGGUCUGAUGAUGAACGCCAUAUGGCAGGCAAUCCCAUCCUUCAUGACAUUAACCACCAACGGUACAAGAUAUUCUUCUGCUUCAAUUCUUUCGCGUUCAUGGCAUCCAUCGUCGUCAUCAUGCUUCUGCUGAGUAAAUCUGUCAGGAAGAAUGACGUGCCACUUGAGGUGCUCCACUUGAUCACGAUACUGAACCUGCUGGCUCUUAUGACAGCUUUUGCUGCGGGAAGCUGCCGCCAUUUGACGACUUCAGUGUAUGUCUAUGGGCUGGUCGUGGGUGCUCUGGUAUAUGUUGUGCUACUGGUUGUUUUGUUAAGGGGAAUCGCAAAAUAUCUGAAACAGCGACAGAGGAUUGGGCUUUGCUCCUGGGGACAUCUUUAUCAUGCUUCAAGAACAAACACGGCGGUGGUACCCGAACCUGGACUGCAAGUUUGAAGCUCCCCUUUUGGAAGAACUCUAUUUAGUUAAUUAGGCAUCUGUUUUUCUGUAUUAUCUGCAGCCAUUUGGCGUCAGCAUUAUCUGCACUUUCAGACUCU